AUGAACUUGACAAUUAGUAUAUGCUUCUGCAGAAGAUCUUGGCAUCAUAUCUGGAAACAAACGUUGCCUGCCACAAAAUUUCUUGGAGAAAGCUUGAUGAUGUGGGAUGCCCAUCUCAUGUCUCGCCGCAAUUCUCGCUUUUGCUGUGAGAUCAAAGUAAAUGGCAGAAGAUAUUUAAAGUGGCAGUUGUCUGAUCAGAUGCCCCAUCCUUUGGAUAUUGGAAAGGCAAUGCAAGGCUGUGCUUGGCAUUGUAAGACUUUCAACUCUGCAAUGUUUCCUAAAUUCCCAUUUGAUGUCAGAAGGUCUGUUGCUCGAAGAAGAAGUGUGAUGUUUAGCAUUUUAAGGAGUUUGAGCUCUGAGGGAAAGAGCAUAUUAAGUCCUCUACCUAGCCAGGCCCGUGUUGUAAUCUGUGGAGGAGGAAUUAUUGGUACCUCUGUUGCUUAUCAUCUUGCAAAGCUAGGCUGGAAAGAUGUGGUUUUACUGGAACAAGGACGGUUGGGUGCUGGGACAACAAGGUUGUGUGCUGGCAUUGUCAGUGCAGUCAAGCAAAUCUCUAUUGAAAGCAAAAUGGCAAGUUAUUCAAACAAUCUUUAUCAACAGCUUGAACAAGAAACAGGUAUCAAAACAGGUUAUAUUAGAACAGGCUCUAUCUGUCUGGCUCAGAAUCAUGACCGGUUUAUCUCUCUUAAGCGACUUGUUUCUAGGCUCAGGGUGAUUGGUAUAGAUGCUGAAGUUAUUACCCCAAGACAAGUCGCAGAGCUUCAUCCUCUUGUAAAUAUUCAUGACUUAGUGGGAGCAGUGCAUGUUGUAGCGACAAUAGAGAAGAUUGUUGGGGAGCUGGGAGCAGCGGCUGAAGCGCCUUUAAGAAAAGUGGUGGAAUUCUUAUGCCGAUUUGGUCGGGAGUCUCUUGUCAUGCUUGAUUUGGCGGUGCAGGUUCUCCUGGAAAUUUUCUGGACUUCUCCACGGGCCCGACCAACAACUCCUCCUGGAGGAAGACAUCCCUCAUGGGGCUGGCCGUUCAGAAUCAUGAUUCUUCGCUGCUUGGGGAACUCUUCACAGCCCCGCUGUCUUGUCUGUAUCCUGAUUGGCUGCUAUGAACAUGGGACGCGCUUGAUGCAGUCAAAUCGGCAUGGUGCAAUUACUUUGGAUAGUUCAACAUAA